CAGCACACGGCCUGCGGCAUCGCAAGACACGGCUAAAAGGAGGGCGGCCAUAAUAAUCCUGAUAUAUAUCCGUACAGCCUUGCUUGCCUCCAGAGCAGCCUCGUGCGCCAAUCGACCACGGCGAGGUCGGGCCGCGCUGCGUGACGACUACGAGGCCAAGGUGCGAGGCGCCUCCUAUUUAUUACCAAUACCUACCUACGUAUUUUCUUUCCCCCUCCAGGAUGCGGUCACGCCAUCUCGUCGGCGUUACCGCGCUGCUGUUUUUCGCCGUCUGUCUAUACUCCUUCUCCCGGUCCCGGUCCACACACAACUUGGGCGGCCCGCAUGCCACACCCUUGAGUGCCAACCGCAAUCCCAACCCGCGGCCCAAGCCAGCCCCGGCGAGCUCCCACCCGAUAUGGCACCUGAUCAACAAUGCCGAGCGCGAUUUCGAGGCAGUCAAGGCGCGUCAGUCGCGCACUCUUAGCCAGGCCGUGGCCGAGUACCGCCGCCGCUACGGCCUGCCCCCGCCUCCCAACUUCGACAAGUGGUGGGCCUUCGCCAAGAGCAAGAAUGUGCAACUAGUCGACGAGUUUGACACUAUUGCCGACCUCUUGACGCCCUUCUGGGGGCUCAAGCCUGCCACCAUCCGCGCCCGAGCCAAGGAGGUGCUCGGCUUUCCCAACGCUGUCAUGGGCGUAGCUAUCCGCGGCGCCAACGUCUCCCACAUCGCCGGCGGCUUGGAAUGGCAGCAGGAUGCCACCCGCGGCAUGAUUGAGCCCUUUCUCCAGUUCCUGCCCGACAUGGACCUAGCCUUCAACUGCAAUGACGAACCCCGCGUUGUCGUCCCCCACGACGACAUGUCGAGGCUGGUCAACAUAGCCCGCACCGUCAACAUACCUGCUGCCAGCUCUAUGCGCCGCUUGAGGAACGAGUUCACCAAGAGCCCCGAAGGCCUCAACGACGGCCUCCGCUUCGACGAGACCAAGCUCACCCGCUUUAACGAGUUCGCCCACCAGCCCACCUGGACGCACUCACGCUCCUCGUGCCCGCCAGACAGCCCCGCCCGCGUGCUUGACGACGCCGACCGAGUCGACGACGUGAGCAAGUACGGCCUGAGCGAGCUGGGUUUCGUCUACAACGCCACGGCAAUGUCCGACAUUUGUCUGACGCCGUCCCUGAGCGAGACCUUUGGAUUCUUUGACCGCCCCAAUGCCUACAGCGUUGUGCAUGACCUGUUCCCCAUCUUUUCCCAGUCCAAGAUCUCGUCAUACAAUGACAUCAUCUACCCCUCGCCCUGGUACUGGGCCGACAGGGUGGAAUACAAAGAGGGCAAGGAUCCGGCUUGGGCCAACAAGAAAGACCAGCUGUUCUGGCGCGGCUCGACGACGGGCGGCUACAGCCGCAACGGCGGCUGGCGUCGGCAGCACCGGCAGCGCGUCGUCAGGAAGCUCAAUGCGGGCGACCAGGCCAAGGUCCUGACCAACGAAGGCUCCGAGACCAGCCAGCGGUGGGCCGUCAAGGAGGUGCCGCGCGGCGAGUACAAGCAGGUCAUGGACGUGCACUUCUCGCACAUUGGCCAGUGCGACCAGGGCGACUGCGACGCCCAAAAGGACUUUUUCGGGCUCGAGGACCGCAUCGACCAGGAGGUGCCAUACCAGUACAAGUACGUCCUCGACCUCGACGGCAACGCCUUCUCGGGCCGCUUCUACGGCCUGCUGCGCAGCCGUAGCCUCGUCUACAAGUUUGCCAUCUUCCGCGAGUGGCACGCCGAGUUGCUGCGCCCCUGGGCCCACUACAUCCCCAUGAGCCCGCAGGGCGACGACUGGCUCGAGGCUGUGCGCUACUUCACCGACAGCACCCUAGGUAAGAAGGAGGCCGAGCGCGUCGCCAUCCAGAGCCGCGACUGGGCCAACAAAGUCGUCCGACGCGAGGACAUGGAGGUGUGGUUUUUCCGCCUGCUGUUGGAAUACGGCCGAGUCAUUGAUGAUAACCGAGAGAGUAUCGGCUUCACAUGAACGAUCUCACUCACGACAUAUUCCGCUUUGGCUCCCCCUGUUUAUACGUCUCGUAUACCAUUCCCCGGACC